AUUGACAAUCUUCUGCUUCACGUCUGCAAAAAUGUUCGUGAGACCAGGAUCAUCCUGUGUUCGUAAAGGUUUGUUGCUAUGGCAACAACCAUUGCUGAAGAGUUUAUCCAGAUGUAAAGCAUCAGCGGCUGCUGCAUCCAUCAAGCCUUUUCAUUACCAGGAUUUGUUUGCUCCAGAGAGGCCGCUUGACAUUCAAUUCACCAAACUCACUGGCGAUUAUGUGUCUACAAUUGAAGUUGGUGGCAGAAAGAUACUUAAAAUUGAACCUGAGGCUUUGACAUUACUAUCAGCACAAGCCAUGACUAAUAUAGCUCAUCUCCUGAGACCAUCACAUCUCAAGCAAUUACGCCAUAUUCUAGAUGACCCGGAAUCUUCUUCUAAUGAUAGAUUUGUAGCAUUAGAAUUACUAAAAAAUGCUAACAUAGCAGCUGGUAUGGUGUUACCAGGAUGUCAGGAUACUGGUACAGCUAUAAUUAUCGGCAAGCGUGGUCAGAAUGUCUGGACUGAUGGAAAAGAUGAAGAGCACUUAUCCCGUGGUGUCUAUGAUACUUAUACUAAAACAAAUCUUAGAUAUUCACAGGUGGCGCCAUUGGAUAUGUUCAAAGAAGUCAACACAGGAACCAAUUUACCAGCACAGAUUGACUUGUAUGCUACCAACAGCAGUCAGUACGACUUUCUAUUCAUGGCUAAGGGUGGUGGAUCAGCCAACAAAACAUUUCUGUUUCAACAGACGAAGGCAUUACUAACACCAGAUAAAUUAAAACAGUUUGUAAAUGAGAAAAUUAAGACAUUGGGUACGGCAGCGUGUCCACCCUACCAUUUAGCCAUCGUAAUUGGCGGACUAUCGGCUGAACUCAAUCUAAAAACGGUGAAAAUGGCAUCAGCAAGAUAUCUAGAUAAUCUACCAAAGACCGGCAAUGAGUUUGGAAGAGCAUUCCGAGAUGUGGAGAUGGAGGAAGCAAUCCAUAAAAUAAGCAGGAGUACUGGAAUCGGAGCUCAGUUUGGUGGAAAAUAUUUCUGCCAUGAUGUUAGGGUAAUCAGAAUGCCAAGGCACGGUGCGUCAUGUCCUGUGGGAAUUGGUGUAUCAUGUUCUGCUGAUAGACAGGCAGUAGCCAAGAUUACAGAAGAAGGCGUAUUCUUGGAAAAGCUUGAGACUAAUCCCGGCCAGUAUUUGCCAGAGGUGACGGAAAGUGAUCUUGGUGGUGAGGUUAUCAAAGUUGACAUAAACAAACCAAUGAAUGAAGUCCGUAGUUUGUUGACAAAGUACCCAAUAAAGACCCGACUUAGCUUGACUGGGACAUUGGUAGUAGCUAGAGAUAUUGCACAUGCUAAGUUAUUAGAGAGAAUAGAAAGUGGCCAAGGACUGCCACAGUACAUCAAAGACCAUCCCGUGUACUAUGCAGGUCCAGCUAAAACACCAGAAGGCUAUGCGUCAGGUUCAUUUGGACCAACCACGGCAGGAAGAAUGGAUUCCUAUGUCGAUCAGUUUCAGUCAGAGGGAGGCUCUAUGGUGAUGUUAGCUAAAGGCAAUAGAAGUAAACAGGUCACCAAAGCUUGUAAGAAGCAUGGAGGUUUCUAUCUGGGAUCCAUUGGUGGUCCAGCCGCUGUCCUGGCCAAGAAUUGCAUCAAAAAGGUAGAAGUUCUGGAAUAUCCUGAACUAGGAAUGGAAGCCAUAUGGAAAGUUGAAGUGGAGGAUUUCCCAGCAUUCAUAGUGGUGGAUGACAAAGGAAAUGAUUUCUUUAAAGAAUGGCAAACCGAGUAA